CAUACCUGCUAUACGUCGCCCGUGUCAGCUGAACCAGCGAUUGACCAUAUUGAGCCAUAUCUAUACCACUUCACCGCCGGGUUCUAAGCUGUGACGCGUGCUCGAAGCUUUGCGUCGCGGCUACUCCAGUUAUGACCUCAACUUCUGCAAGCGCGGUUACCAGGCUAGCACGACCCAUUGGUGCUCCUGGAAUGCAUAUGCUACGCCCGGCGGCCAUUUCAUCCCUUCUCACGCAUGAGCUGUCACGCUUGACGCAAAAGCAUCCCUUGCUGUUUUAAGUCACGCUUGCAAUCAAGUUUUCUUUUGUUUGUGUGCGCCUGGAUAAUGAACUGACUGCGCCAUUCAACCGGAGGACAACGAAGCAACUGUCGUCGCCACGUGCCUCCCAGCUAACCUACAAGGUGAAUCCCGUGCAACCAAGUGACCGUGUCACUACUCCGGGGAACAACGCAACCAUGUGACCAUGGCACUUCUCCGAGGGACAACGGACCAACCAUCGUCGCUACGUUUGAUCUUCGGCAGUUAUAUUCACCAGGUGCGAUUCUAGCUUGCGAGGGUGGCGCGGCUAAUAAAUCAACUAAUUGGCAAUGUUAACUGUUUUACACUGAUUGGCAAGAGAAGGCCGCUGCCACAUUGGGUCGUCGUCGUGACGGAAGCGGAGAGGACUGGGCGGGGCGAUUGUAGCUUUAGGCUUAGCUAACACUAAGAAGGGUAGCUCACGCUGCGCAGGCUCCAGCUGGCAGGGGUCCUCUCUCGUUUGCGACACGGACAUCGGCCCAUUCCGAGUGCUAUUGCUUCCCGGUCAUAAUUUCGCGUGUCGGCGCACGCGAAAUGUGGAAGUAAAUUGCACCCGGAAUUAAUUAGUGCCAGGUUUCUUCCAGCAAAACAGAAGAAGAACGGACGUUGCCUACGGUCUGCAGCGCGGUGCGCUGCGGCGAAGACGGUGGUGGGUGGCCGCAUUUUUUUUUUCUUGUCUUCCGUAUGUUCUCGUCCCCAUUGCUGUGUCACGCCGUGUUUUCGUCGCUCGACAAGCCAACCAUCGUGGACUGGUCCCAUCGACCACUCCAGCGCGAUGACGCUUGGUUUCAUAUCUGCAACCUGUGCCUUGGCCCCUGGCACAUGUUCCUGCACCCGGCCGUGUCUCGCACAGAUUAUGUUCAGCACCUGUCCUCCCACGGCUCAUCGCGUCACUUCUGUUCCUGCCUCACUGCUAUUGGUGUCCUGGUGAAUGAAGAUGCCUGCAAUACCCGCCCUACAGAACGUUCACUGCACUCCACAUCCUUUGGUGCCAGACGCACGCGACGGAUUUUCCUACACCCGGCCGUGUCUCGCACAGAUCACGUUCAGCACCCGCCUGUCGUCCAGCAGUUGAUCGGGACUUCUGUUCCUGCCUCACUGCUAUUGGUGUCCUGCUGAAUGAAGAUGCCUGCAAUCCACGCCCUACAGAACGUUCA